UUUCCCUAGGCAAUGGGAGUCGCAGCACCGCCGUUCCUUAGGCAAAGUGAAAUAAAUUCGCCGCACCGACACAAAAAGUAGUCCGCUUCCCGAACACAUCCCCCCCGCGCCUCGGCUCGCUCAUCGGCCCGAUUUAACGAACUUUAACGGCCACACGGACCGACAUCGACCGCUCCCCGGCGGAUGAGCGAGCUCCCGCCGGAGCCGCGAGGAGUUUUUGUACCCCUUCGUCCAGCUCCGCGGCGCAGGGAUCUGUGAUGUGCUGAGGCUGAGCUGAAUGAGAUUGAAGAAGAGUUCUUCUUGUUUUGUAGCUUCAGUUUCUCUCUUUUUACACAAUUUCCACUAAAAGUCACCCCGAAACACGACAGCUGGGUCCAGCCCCGCGGGGAGGAGGCGGCCGGGCUGUGUGUGCGCUUCUGUUUCACCGCGGAUCGGCUUCUUACACACAUAUAUAUUUAAUUAAUCCAGAGGAGGACUGCUGCUGAGGCAGCACAGAGGGGUGGAGUCCGGUCCCACAGCCAGGUGCGCCACUUUAAUGCUUCAGUUGGAUGGUUUUCCUACUGGAGACGGUGUUCAGGCUGAUCGAUCGGCUGGCAGACUGACUGGAUCCAUGAUGGAAUUACAGACGUUACAGGAGGCCCUGAAGGUGGAGAUCCAGAUCCAUCAGAAACUGGUUGCUCAGAUGAAGCAGGACCCUCAGAAUGCAGAUCUGAAGAAGCAGCUCCACGAACUUCAAGCAAAGAUCACAGCGCUCAGCGAGAAGCAGAAAAAGGUGGUGGAGCAGCUGAGGAAGGAGCUGCUGGUGAAGCAGGAGCCGGAGGCCAAGUUGCAGCUGCAGGUCCAAACUCCUCCAGCAGGAGGAGACAUCAAGCCGGCCAACCCGCUGCAGAGCCAGCAGAUACCUGGAGCGCUGCAGCAGACGCUGACAGUGACGCCGGUCCUCACCACGAAGACGCUGGUGCUGAAAGCUGCCCCAGGCACCGUCCUGCCGCAGCGCCCGCCCACCGUCGCUAUGGUAACCACAGCUAUCACCAAACCCGACUCGCAGAACGCCCCCAUCAACCUGCAGGUGGCCGGCAAGCUGACCAAUCAGAGCUCGGAGCCCAUGCGGCUGGUGUCCAAGAACGCCAUGGUGGUGCAGGCCGCCGCCGCCGCCCAGCCAAUCAAAGUUCCUCAGUUUGUCCCGCCUCCUAGACUGACGCCUCGACCCGCCUUUCAGCCACAGGUCCGGCCAAAGCUGGCCACACCCACCAAUGUCCCUAUCGCUCCGGCCCCUCCCCCGCCCAUGAUGGCGCCCCAGUUGCUGCAGCGGCCCGUCAUGUUGGCCACCAAGCUCUCGUCCUCGCUGUCGUCAUCGGCGCCCAUCCACCAGGUCCGCAUCGUCAACGGCCAGCCCUGCAGCAAGACCGGCGCCGCCCCGCUGACGGGCAUCGUCAUCACCACGCCGGUCUCCGCUGCACCGACCCGCCUCGCCAGCCCUGCCCAGGUGCCCGUGCCCACCCCCGUCCCCACUCAGACUCCAGUCCAGCCGAUCCAGAUCAGCAGCCUGACCAAUGAGCCCAAGCAGACUGUUAAACCAGGAGGAACAGAGCAGCACGCCGUUGUCAGCCUCCCGUCCUCCUCCUCUUCCUCAACCCCUCCUGUGUCUCCUCCUCCCAGGCCCCCCAAGAAAGAGGAGAACCCAGAGAAACUGGCCUUCAUGGUGUCCUUAGGCCUGGUAACACACGACCACCUGGAAGAAAUUCAGAGCAAAAGACAGGAGCGUAAGAGGAGAACGACAGCCAACCCGGUGUACAGCGGUGCCGUGUUUGAACCCGAGAGGAAAAAGAGUGCAGUGAGUUACCUGAACAGCCCUCUGCACCAGGGGACCAGGAAGAGAGGUCGUCCACCCAAAUACAGCAGCGUCCCGGACCUGGUCAGCCUCACCCCGACCUCCCCCUCCAGCCCCGUCCAUCCCCUCCCCCUGCCCAGCCCCAGCUCUGGGGAUGGAGACAUCCAUGAGGACUUCUGCACUGUGUGCAGACGCAGUGGCCAGUUGCUCAUGUGCGACACGUGUUCUCGUGUUUAUCACCUGGACUGCCUGGAUCCACCCCUGAAAACCAUUCCUAAAGGCAUGUGGAUCUGUCCAAAAUGCCAAGAUCAGAUCCUGAAGAAAGAAGAAGCCAUUCCCUGGCCCGGCACCCUGGCUAUCGUUCAUUCCUACAUUGCUUACAAAGAAGCUAAAGAAGAGGAGAAGCAGAAGCUGAUGAAGUGGAGCUCGGAGCUGAAACUGGAGCGAGAGCAGCUGGAACAGAGAGUCAAGCAGCUCAGCAACUCCAUAACAAAAUGCAUGGAGACCAAAAACACCAUCCUGGCCCGCCAGAAGGAGAUGCAGCUCUCCCUGGACAAAGUCAAACACCUGAUUCGCCUCAUCCAAGCCUUCAACUUCAACCAGGCUCUGGCAGAGACGGAGGGCAAAGACGUGAGAGUCCCGGACAGGGCUGAGGCCGCGGUCAGCUCUGAAUCUCCGCCCAAAGCCAACUCGGCGGAGAAGGUGAAGCCGGGGAGCUCCUCGGCCAGCGUCGUCACCGAAGGGAGCAAGCCCGAGGAGCACGGAGCCGCGGGGAGUAACCAGACGAGCGGAGACGCCUCCAGUCAGCCGGACAGCACAGUCCUAACGGCAGAUAGCAGCCCCGGCGCGGGGCGGAUGGAAAGGCGGGGCCGGGGGAGGGGCUAACACGGGGACUGGUCUCCAGGCGGAGAUCGUAGCCAAGCCUGAGACUGAGGCAGCCGCGGCGGCUAACGUUCCCGCUUCCUCGGCCGUCGCCACCACCAAUGGCACGGCCGAGCUGGCCCGUCCCGAUCGGAGCCCCGGUGGAGGCCGCGGCACCAAUGCCGCCACCGGCUCUGAAAACAAGACGGCUGCUGUCAACCCACCAGAGACGCCGACGGAGAAGAAACAGGAGGAGAUCACCGGAAGCGAUGGCAGCAACACCAACAACAGCAAAACCUCAGAACCCUCCCAGCAUUCUUUGCCAGCUCUCGUCAGCAGUUUGGACAAUAAAAAGUAACACGGCGUCUCUUCAGUCGGGAAUUCAAACAUAUAUAUUAAAAAAAAGACUCUUGCUUGCACCAUGUGGUGCCCUGAAGUUGCCAAUCUGUAUAAAUGUUGUUUGUUUGCAUUGUAUUGUCAGACUGUGUCAAUGGUAGAUAUACAGCCCAAGUCACCUGACUCUGGGAAGACGUAGGCUGUUCCGCCCACUGAGGUGGGGUACAGGAAGGCGUGCGCACCAGUGUCAUCAUGCCAAUUAGCGAUAGACGUCAUGGUGGAAAUGCUCAAAGGGAGAUUUAACUCAUCAUCACACCAGUGUGUGCCUGUUACAGUGGCCCCUGUUCCCUGCGAGGUGGGGAGACGGUUCACAUGGGUACGAAGAACGCCGAGAACGUGGAACCAAACAUCUGUCAGGGGUUACUGGUCUAAAGCAGUGUUGUGAUAAAUGAACCUGUUCGUGCUCUCGUCCCAACGAACUUAAUGUGAACGACCCUGAACCUUAACCAUCCGUCCCGACCUUCCCAAUCGUCCGCUCCUCGCCCAGCCAACCUCUGGAUCUCUUCGGUGAGGAGAAAAACCCGUGCAUACCUUCACCCCUUCACUGUGAAAAGGCUUCAGUUUGCUUCAAACACAGAGUGGUACCAACCACAGGCACUGCAGAUGCAAACGGUCCUAGAAAUCUGGACCACGUCGCAUCUGGGUGUUUUUGAUCGGAAGUCAGAGAAAAACGAUGCGUUGCCGAGAAAACCAUGCGUCAAAUUCAAAGCUAACGCUCACGCUGAACGGCCUAACUUACCUUAACCCAGGUACCCGACAGCCGGGUACCAACAACUGUUGAAUGGAGCAAAAGAUAAAAGGCUGGAAAUGGGAUUUUCAGUCCGUCCUCAAAGUUGAUUACUGCUAACUGCUCUGAAAAUCAUACCUUAGACUGAUAACCUUCGAUAUCAGCCAGAGACUCUCCUCAGACAUUGUCUUUUUUAAAGAUGGCGGUUGGCGCUUCGAAGCAUGCGGCUGCCUUGAAGGUGACGGGUCUGACUUUCCAGAUGAAACUUAUUGGCAGCAUGUCCGCUCAUCAAACCACACAAUACACAGCAUUAUCCCAGAAACCUUGAACACCUCGUCGUCGUCACAAGAAAAGCUCUUUUGAAGCACACUGACGCCUUUGGAAAGACUUCCCGAGCAAUCCGUAAUCUCUACGUUAUUCCUUCUCCCGGUCACCCGGUAACCAAACGGCCCAUCCUCUCCCCAUCUCCUCCCACCUGAGCUCAGGCAGCAAAGACGCCGAGCGGCGCGUUCGGCAGGUACAAAGGACGAGGUCGAACAGGCUCGGUAGCCGAACAGAUGUUUUCAGUGGUGUCGGUCAAGUGUAGUGAUUGAGUUUUCAUUCGUGAGUCAAGUGUGUCAACUGUGAGCACUAAAUGUGAAAUUGCAAUAUUGCAAUGUCAACACACACAAACUAUAUCUGGGCUGUGUUUCUUUUUUAUAGGAAAAGAUAUUCAGGUCUUCCUAGUCUUCUUCAGAAUAAGUGCUUUCUGUUCAUGAACCUGCUGGACUGGCAUUAUCCACACACAAAGGAGUCCUCUUUUUGAAGCGGUCGUCUUUGCAUCGUGUGCGUUUCUGUUGAAUCCUGAACUGCCAAAACGACGUACCCAAAUUCAGCAGGGACAAGUCCACUUACUGUAUCGAAAGAUCAAAUCACCGGCGUUGUAAGAUAUUUAGAUGCUACCAUUUCAGAAAUUGGAAGUCCCCAGAUUGAGACAGGAGAGCUUACUAAACAAUAACAUUAAAGGAACUUUUUUCCUUCAAACGGAGGGAUUUGUCUUACGAAGCUGCUUCUUCCGACGGAUCUCAAAGGACGAUACCACAAAUCGUGAGAUUAAAGCACAAGCUUGCUGCAUUACAAAGAAGUGCUGAAGAGCUUUUUGUAUGUUAAUAUGGAAUUAAACAGAGUAUGCAUCUCUUUGUUGUGAUGUGACUUAUCCCCCACAUUGCCAAUAUUUUUCUCGGAGGACACACAAACCUCUGUCUGACGUUAAGGCUCGUGCGUAGUUCCUGUUUUUGGGAGGAGCGGCCUGAGAAGCGCCUUCGUCCCCUCGUGGUCAGAUGCGUGCGUCUCUUUUCUUUCUGUGUGGCCGAAGUGCGGCGUUGUUGUUUGUGGCUGACGGUUCAGGUGUGUCUGCUGAGCCGAACACCGCCAGCUUCUUGUUGGGAGCGGGGCGAUGACGGCGCCUCUGGUUGUGCUGGAAUUUCUGUCGCUUUCAUUCUUUGAGCUGUUUUGGAGCGUCAUUGCCGAGGUUUCAGUCGCCUGGCGGCGUCUUCACCCCCGAGUGCCAACGCCGUUUGUUUUCUGUCAUUGUGCAUGUUCGCUGGGAAUAGAGCCGCUGGAUGCAGAGCUCCAUAGCGCUGCUCUGCUACCUGCAGCUGGUCAAGAAGUCGAAUAAUGACCUCGAGCAGUAAAGCAGAUUUUGUGGCUUUAGAGUCGGAAGUCGUAAACCGAUGCGUUGGAGCACCAAAGUGACAUGGCCAGCUCCAGAGCAGCACCCGGGCCACACUGGACGUGCCAGGCACCGUCUGCUGUGUGACUGAGGCAGUCCAGGAGCUCUGCUGUGAGUGGCUGUGAUACCCUGUAGGUGCGGGGUAGGCCCAGCAGCAGAGGAGGAUGAAGAACACGUGAAGGUGGCCGCGUGUUUCAGGCUGUGUUGCUUACUGAUGAAACGUCAGUAGUUGGACUUUUCUUCUAACACCUGUACAGUCUCUGGAGUGCUGAUAUAAGGCGUGUUUAGUGACGGGGCACGUGGCGGUGACCGCAGGGGUGAACACGCUGCAGGGCGACUGCGGGUGUCCGUUAACUUCAUAUCACGAGGACCGAGUCGGCAUAUCUGACACCUGGUGUUCUCGUAUAUAGACUGCCUUCAUUCAGAAGAUCCCACAGAAACGUUUCCAAGCGUUCGGCCGCCACGUCGUGUUUUAUGCCGUUGGUCUGCCUUGAAGAGCUGGGCCAUUCGAACACAGACGGGAAAGAAGAGCCAGAGAUGCAACUCUAACAAAAAAAAGAAAAGAAAAAAGGCAACUAACGUGUCCCCGGGUCCCUCUGAGUAUCAUUCGUUGUGUGUUUUUUUUGUUUGUCGGCGUUCUUCAUCACACGAGGCUGUGUUCACUCAUGGGUAGAGCAGAGUAGUCAUCGAGUCUCAUCAAGGUUUUCUUUCAAAGAGCCCGAACUUGUGUUCCAGUCAGACUGGACCUCUCCCUCUGUACAGUAGGUACCUCGAGUGCCUUUCUUCAAACAGCAGAUAAUAUUUGUCUCUUGACUUGCACUGUGACUUGUAGAACCUUACUAACCCCUCCAUAUGACCCUCCGGUCCCCCGUCCCAGGAGCUCCCCCCAAACUCCGGAGCACAAACUCGGUCCCUCCACCUCAGGCUGCCAGUAGUCAAUGCAAGUUAAUCUACAUUUCAUAUAUGAUGCCGUUUGAAAUCGACCGCAUAGUGUUUUGUUGAUGUUUAAUAGAGGAGUUGCCUUACAUGUGGUUUUGUUUUUUCUUUUUUUCCUGUGAUUAACUUUUACAUUCUGAUUUAAAAAAAAACAAACAAACACCUGUGCAGACGCUGGCGAAGGUCAGAGGUCGUUUGGUGAGAAGCAGUCGGGGUUUUCCCGACGAUGAUGACGAUGACCCGCUCGGAGCUGUGUUGUGAUGCACUUUUUGAUUUGACCAGUAUUAUUGGACCGGGAUCGGUCUGCGACGCAGAGCGCAGGCGUGGAUCCCAGUUCCCCGAAUUUCUUGGCUGGACUCGCGUUCGUUUUAUUUUGAAAGGUCCGUCGUCCCCUCUGCACUGUUCUGGUUCUUCUUUGGCUUCAGAGAGUGCCCGAGUUUGCUAAAUCAGGUCACGUGAGGCGUCUGGAAUGAUCAAACUUGGGCCUGAUUAACAACAUCUGUCAGUGCAGCGGCGGCAGCGGAGCACAUGCUUUCUUAUGCAAACUUUGAUACAAGACGUGUCGAACCUUUUUUUGAUAUGCAUCUGCUUUUAUUUUUACGUUUUUAUGUGAAACUUGAGUCGCUUUCUUUUCUUUGGACGUUCUGGCAGACACGGAUGCCAGAGCACGCCGUUUAGGUGUUAAAUGUUGCAGCAACCAUCCGUGUUCAGCGGGUUUCUUUGUUUUUCUGGGAGGAGCACCAGAAGAUUUUUCCAUGGAUGUAUGAAGAAAAACUGGACACCUGUUCUCCACUGACACAGUGCCGUUUGUAGGGCAGUCCUACCGCAGAACGCUUACCGAUGAUCGGUAGAAGUAGCCUGCGGAUUUGGAGUAACAUCACCCCAAGUUUGACCAGCACUUGGUUCAAACAUGAACGCGGUCGACUGAUUGUGUCCGCUGCAAGUUUCUUCCUGGGAAGUUACCCAACAUUGACCUCAUCAGCACCUUGUCAGUGGAACGCAGGAGGAAGAACAUCGAAAAAGUAGUCCUAGCUUUGUCUGGCUUGUGGGUUAAGUCUUUUCCUGGCAGGUUUUCAGAGAAAUCGGUGCUCUGAUUGGUUCUGCUGUGUUCACUGACUGUUUGAUUCAUGGCUUGGCUACAGAGUAGGAGAUCUGUGGGGGAAACGAGGCAUGCAUUAGGCCGGAGUGUCUGCCCUGCAUCAGCUCUCUGAAUACAUCCAUGGAUUUAGGUUCUUCGUUGUAGUCUUGAUUUGACUGAUGUGGCUUGUCGACUGUCGGGAUCCCAGCAGAGCUGCGAGGGUUCGGGGAGGGAGGCUCUCUCUAAAUUGCUUCUCAGUUUCGAUUUCGCCGAGCUGUCCAGGUGAACUUAUCCAAAGAACACUGAGAACACACAUUUUGUCUCUGCAUAUCAUUCGGAUGUCGUUUUCCUGCGUUAGCAUCGCGCUUGUGCAUUCCCGCCCGUGGUCACAUUAACCAUUCAUGCGUUAAAAAAAAAGACUGUCCUGGGAGGUCGUUCCUGCGAGGUAGUUUGCUCUGACUUUUAAGUUUUAUCAGUUUUAAAACGAUCAAGUCAUGAUUGUGGCCUUCUAGUAUUCUGUCAGUACAUGACGUCAUUAAUCUCUCGUGCCCGCCCGCCCAUCUGUCUGGACCCAAACGUACACCUGCAGCUUCUUACCUCAUCCACAGCUGAUUCCAUCGGGGGUGUGUUGAGUGCAAAAAAAAGAAAAGUUCAAAAAAAGAAAAAACAAAGAAAAGUCUUUUUUUAUCUUCCAUUUGGUGAGAUGCAUUGUAGCGAUAUGAAUAAAGAAAAAGUUCACCUGGUGUGCUGAAUAAUGUGUAAAUUGGUAAUUACACAAUCUGAAUAUUUGUAUAAUUGUUUGUAUUUUUUCAUAAUGAUUUUGGAAAGGAAUGUGUUUAUUUUUUUGACUUCUGUUCCAGAUGUGUCUUCUGUUGGCCUGACAUUGUGACUGGUCUGGUGGGAUUCUUACCUCUGUAUUGAGCCUCUUCUGUGAUGAAUUCUUUGUAUGCAGUGUUUAGGAAAUACUGUAGGGAACAUGGGGAGGAGUUGAUAUUAGGAGCAUUUGAUCAAUUUGUAUUUAUUUAUUUUAUCAUUUUGUUAAUAAAUUGUGAAAAGCAGA